CGCUUAUGUGAUGGGAAGAGGGAUUAUAAUUUGGUGCUGUUUGUAGAGGUGAUAACCCUGAUAGAAUCCAAUCAUUGCUGGUCCCAGCACACUUGGAAAGUCCUGCGAGGACUCAGCUACAGAAAGUCCAAAGAGAACAAGUAAAACCCUUCAUGACCCUUGACCACCAAAUCGUCAGUCAGACUCUUAAACGGUCACACCCUCCAACGCAGGGCAGAGCACUUCUGGUACAGCCCGGACACACGUCUCCCGAGAGUGACACUGGUCUCACUGGAAAUCCACUCACCAAGCUGCUGACUCUUAGGAAAGACGAUGACAAUGUGGAAUGGCAUAUGGAGGACGUUAUUGAGGAUAUAAUCGGUAUGGAAUCAAGUUUUAAAGAGGAAGGAACAGACUCUCCUCUGCUAAUGCAAAGAACAUUAUCUGGAAGUAUUUUGGACGUGUAUGGUGGUGAGCAGGGAAUUUCACCAGUUAACAUGGGACUUACAAGUGCUUCCUGUCCAGGUAAUCUACCAAUGAAAAGAGAAAUUACAGAAACUGAUACUCGAGCUUUGGCAAAAGAGAGACAAAAAAAGGACAACCACAACCUCAUUGAAAGAAGAAGAAGGUAUAAUAUUAAUUACCGAAUCAAGGAGCUUGGCACUCUUAUUCCAAAGUCUAAUGAUCCUGAUAUGCGCUGGAACAAAGGAACCAUUCUGAAAGCAUCAGUGGAGUACAUCAAGUGGCUACAAAAAGAACAACAGAGAGCUCGAGAAUUAGAACACAGACAGAGGAAAUUAGAGCAGGCUAACAGGCGGCUUCUACUCCGGAUUCAGGAACUAGAAAUACAGGCUCGUGCUCAUGGUCUUCCUACCCUGGCUUCCCUUGGCACAGUUGAUUUAGGCGCUCAAGUCACUAAACAACAGACUCAUCUUGAACAGAAUUCCGUAGACUAUUGCCAGCAAUUGACUAUAUCUCAGGGGACAAGCCCUGAGCUCAGUGAUCAAGCUAUGGCCUUCUCUGAUCCUUUGUCACAUUUCACGGAUUUAUCAUUUAGUGCCGCUUUGAAAGAGGAACAAAGAUUGGAUGAUAUGCUACUGGAUGACACAAUAUCUCCAUUUGGAACAGAUCCUCUGCUGUCUGCCACUUCCCCUGCAGUUUCCAAAGAGAGCAGUAGGAGAAGUAGUUUUAGCUCAGAUGACGGUGAUGAAUUAUAAAAAAUAAACAGGCUCAAUUCAUCAACUGGGAAGCAAUUCUAUGUCGGUGCUAUACAUUUAUGACCUGCGCUUUAUAUAUGUCUUUGGCUUAAGUUUUCUGGAAGGAAUACAUUGUUCAUAAAAAACUGAUUAGAAACAACAGAAGAAUUCACAGGAAGAAGAAAGAUGGUAUUGAAGAACAAUUGAGAGCUAAAAGAGAUUUCUCCCUCUUUGACUCCAGAGUCCAAAUCUACUUAUAUUUUGUUUUCCUGGAAGGAGGUACAACAGAAGAAAUAGCUCUUUACUGAUGUUUUAAAAGUAGUGACUUGGUGAUGUACUGUUGGAGCUAACAGACUGUGAAGAGUAAACCCACUGAAAUAUACAAACCUUUUCUAAGUUGUUCACUUCCAUCUCUUUCUUAUUCAACUCUUACAACAUUAGUUUUCAAGAAUGAAGAUCAACAGAUCUGGUGGUCCAUUGCCUUUCUCCACUGUCUGGUGGACAUGCUGUCUAAAGCUCAAGCCUUAUAGGGGAAAUAAUCAGAAGACAGAUUCUGUCACUUGUAAUUGAAAAGUGAAUCUACAAUAAACAGUAGAAUUUUUCACAAACAGAAAAUUUAUAAAAACUUUGGUUUCUAAAAUUAGACCCUAAUACCCUUAGUCUGUUGAAUUACACUAAUUCUAAAAGCAACUUUGCAUAUUUAUGGAGACGUGCUCUGUUCAGAAAAAGGAACACAUUGAAUACUUCCCUCAGGAAUAUGGGCUAGAAUUUCAUUCCUUCACACAAACAUAACCACCUCCCAGACACAACGCAGGUAGCGUAUGUUCUUUUUUCUCCUUCACGCUUCUGAUUUUCUAAUCAGGUUCAGAAAUCACAUUUCAAAUCCUCUUUUCUUUGUCAAGAAGAGAUAUUGGAUGAUCAGUUUCAGUAAAUAAAAUAUAAAAAGCCCCCCUACUAGGACAAUUUGUCAGGUAUUUAAAGUUUAUCACUGUCUCCAAAAUUGGAUAUAAAUUAGUUAGUUGAUACAGCUUUUCUCCAAACUGACAAAAUAUUGAAAAUUGGAUUGCCAACUGACAAAAUAAUUAGUAAAAUAGAAACUCCUUGUUACAUUCAGCUUUGAGUGGAGGAUAAAGUUCUGUUCCCAUAAGCACCUAGAAUACACUAUGAUCUUUGCCAGCUUUGUAAGCAUUUUAUUAUGAGUAUUUAUGUCUAGGAGGCUUUACUCAAAUUUUUCUCUCUUGAGCUUGGUUUAGGAUUGAGAUUUGACUUACCAAGCAAGUCACCUGUGCUGGACCUCCAUCAAUGACCAUCUGAUCAAUGAAUAUUUAGGGAGGGAUACUCAGAACUCCAGUGAGUCCUGUGAAAUGUAGAACAGAUGAGCAAGAUACGGUCUCACUGCUUAGGGAGUUAACAAGACUACGUGAGGAGCAACAAAAGAUAGAAGACAUGUAGAAUGAAAGUUUGCAUGGUGCAGCAUAAGUUGUAAAUACAGAAGGUCAGAGAAAAUGAAAAUGAAUGAAGGUUGGAGAAUCAUGAAAAUCUAUGGAAAAAGCAAAUUUGAACUUCUUUUAAAAGCGUAAAUUUGGUGAAGGAGAAGGCAUUUAGGGGAAUAAUAUAAAUCAAAUGAGAAAAGUAGGAAUAUGUUGGGGAAGUGUCUUCGUGGGACAUUCUUUAGAAAGAUCUGGCCACCCUAGAAGAUGCCAGUUGGGAGUCCUGAAAAGUUGUGUUGGUAACAGGUUGUAGAAGUUCUUGAAAACUAGAAUGAAAUGAUAUAGUAGAAAUAAUUUUUUUUUUUACUAGGAGAGGGAAGCAUAAAAAUUAAAAUGCUACUAUAUAUUGCUAACAUGAUUGAGAUCUAAUCUUUCAUGAAUAUUAACUUUGGGAUAAAUUUUUGAAAGUGUAUUUCAGAUACUACUCACACGGAAAAUACAUCGUCGCAAAAUUUGAGAUUCUAGUGAUAAAGAAAGUGGGAAAAUAUUAAAUCCUUAUGGUAUAAUAAUUAUCUCAGGCUUAGCUUACAGUGUUAUCUCAGAGUUCGGAGAAUUAAAAUAAUUUUCAUUGCUUAACAUGGAAAAAAUAAUUUUUAAUUUAUGGGGAUAGUCAUUAAAGCCAGAGAAAUAAAUUUACCCAAAAUAUGCCAUGUGAAAGAGAGCAAUAAGAUACACUUCCUCAAGAAUUUUUAAAAGAACAUUAUAUAGUUUUAACUUUAUGACAAAAUUCCACUUUAAUAUCUGAGGCAGUAAUUUAGUUUAACAUUGCAAAUCAUGGAGAAGGAAUAUCUUUUUGGGUCCACGGAAAACACAUAAUUUUGGAUAGAGGCUAAUUCUGUUCACAUUUUAUCCAUCAUUCUCAUUUCUUCAUAUUCUGAGAAACUUGCACGAUGAUGUCAUUACUUUGUCAUCAUUUUCCAUUCUGUUAAAAUACUACUGCCCAGCCCUGAAACCCAUUCCUCAUAAUCUCAGCAAAUGUGAGGCCUUGACACAGGAUGGUGGAGUCUGGAUAGAGUACUAAUAUUUGCUGCUACUUUCAGAUUAUAAUAGCUAUAGGGGGAUUGUAAAAUGGGUAAUGGGUUUUUAAAGACAGAGUGAAGAGUGGUGCUGUGUCACAGUCGACUGAAAUAGAUUAAAAAAUUAAUUUUAGUCAGUAGUUCUGAACUUUUUAAGGCCUUGAGAAUCUAGUAAAAGUUAUAGAGCCCCUUCCCAGAAAAAUACAGAGUUGUUUAUACAGCCCCAAAUUUGCAUGCACCAAGAGGUUUUAGGGACCUUCUGAAUGUCUCCUUGAAUCCCAGGUGAAGAAUUCCUGCAUCAGGUCUGUUACUUUAAUAGAUAGCAUUAUAGCUAUGUAUUUAUCAAGAGCCAAGUAUAUAGUUAAUGUCGUAUACAAUGAUGGAGGAGGGAACCCCGGUUAUCUAAAUAUCAUUAUCCCAACCCCAGUAGUGAUGAGGUUGCAUAAGAAAGUGAAAGUGUACCAAACACUAAACUAUUCACUAAGGAAGUUGUUGACUUACAAAGUAAUCCCUUUUUAAACAUCCCCUGUUAUAUAUAUGCCUCCAGUUCUAUACUUAUGUUGUAUAUUUAAGGGUAAGUUUCUCUAUGAUGAUUGGAUGUUGUAAACAUCUGACAUUAACAUUUUAAAUGAUGCACAUAUAAAUAUCAAAGUAAAAAUAAUGUAAAUUCAAAAGCGAGCUGAAUAUCUAAGAAUCAAGAGAAAUCCUUGGGAAAAUUGAUGGAUGUCUGGAAUAUUUUUGCAAAAAUGAGACAUAAGUAAAAGAGGCAUAUUGUUUAUCAAAGAAUUUUGUCACAAAAAGCAUCAACUAUCAUUGGAUGACCAACAUACGAUUAACCAGGCCUUGUUCACGCAAAGAACUGAUGCAUGAUUGCAUUUAUUAAAAAAAAAAAUAAUUUAAUUUUUGUUAUUUUUAGUUAUCUUUUCAAGAUAAUGUACCAUCCAAUCUCUUUUCUCUCUUUAUUGUAAAAUAUUGGCCUUUUCAUGGAUUCACAUUAAGUAACCUUUCCAUCUCCCAAUUAUCUUAAAAUAACGAGUGCCUCCUAUGAGUAGAUAUAGCGCUUCAUAAGUUUUUUAGUGUUCUUUCUUCUCGAACUUUUCCCAUAACUGGAGAAUAUAUGUAUAAAGACGGUAUUUCCUCAGUUUACAUGGUAUCAGUGACUAGAGCCUUCUUUAUGUGGGUAUAAAACCUCUAAAUUAUAAAUCACCAGAUGAGCUGGGGACAUUGAGAAAUAGCCUUCCUCCUCCCUCUUUUUGAAUUCAUUUUUUUUCACUUACAUGACUGUAAAUAAAAUAUUUAAUAGCUCUUAUUUAAAAAAAUUAGAUAGAAUGAGUUUCUUGAUUUGGCAUGCUCAUUUACCUUCAUGUCAGGGGAGAAGUUAGGUUUUAAAAGUAAAGAAAGAAUACACUUUUUCUUUGUUUCAAUAGAUUGAGUCGCAUUGGAAUUUUCUUAUACUUCAAGGUAUGAUGAAAAUGCUUUUUUGUUGUUCUGAUAUUGUAUAAUUUUAAUAUUUAAAUAAAUAAAUGGUAGAACUGUUUCAAUGUUUUUACAAUAUCUCCAGGCUGAUAUUUACUGACCUUGUUAUAUGUAAAACAUGGAUGAAAACUGGAAUCAAUUAAUCACUUUGCUGUGUUAUCAGCGCUAGAUCAACCAUCUGGGUUUCUUGAAAACACCUGAAGGAUUGAAUUUUUCUUCAGUAUUAAUAAUGGCACAGUCUAUAUAUGCUACAUGGAAUUACAUCAUUUGCCCUUCCAGUGCCCCGCAUGUUAAGUAUAAGAUGUCAGUCUGAGUUAGUGUAAGUUACAUACACAAAGAUUUCAUUAUAUUUACUGAAUAAAUACUAAAGACUUUUAGAGUGUCACAUGACCUUCUUAAAAUCACUAUUUAUUGCAUACACCCAUAUUUUACCAUGUAUAUGAUUUUUAAUCUGUAAACAAAGAAACUAUUCAAAAGCUGAUAAAAAUAGUUUUCUUAAAAUUUUUCUCUGCUACAUAUUUUUUUCUAUGAGGUUCAUAGAGAAUUUGAGUGUAUAGGAGAUUAUCAGGAAAUAGUUAUUUUGAUUAAAAAAAAGCUCCCACUGGAUUCAACCAAUUUGAUGAUGAAAUACUGCUGAUGAAAAUCUGCUGCUUUGUACAUAAAAGGGAACUUUUUAUCUUCUUCUUGUAAAGGGAUUUGUGUACGUAUUUCUCUAUACCCAAAUGAUUUCUGUUGUUUUUUACUGAUGAAAUCUGCAGUAAAAUGUCUUUUUCCUACAUUUAUCCAACAGGCUUCAAGAACAAAGUUAAAGACUUUUGUGUUUGCAAUGCUACCUCUCCCAUUCCUGCAUUACCACUUGAUUUUAAAACUUCUGUAUUUUCAACGUUGUUUUUUCAACAGAAAUAAAUUUUAUUUGUGUGUUAUUUAAGGCUGGAGGUUAUAUAUAACAAACAAAAUAGAAAAUAAGCAAAAGAAAGGGGAGACUAUCAUUUUGCUGAAGGAAUGAUAUACAAUCAGGAAGCUACAUACUAUAUUAUUCUUUAAUACAUGACUACUAAAGUUUAAAAGCUAACUAAAUUCAA